AUGGUGAGGAAGUCAUCAAUUUCACUCACCAAUUCUUCGAAGAAGAAAUCUAAAAAUGCAUCAUCAUCAUCAUCAUCAUCAUCAUCAUUCUUCACGAGACAUUCGAACGUGUAUGUAUACGUCCCAAACAUAAUCGGGUACGCGCGACUGUUAUUAGUCUUCGUUUCUUUCUACUACUCUUCUUCUGGUGGAAGAACAAACACAAAAAACCACGCGGGAUUUAUAUCCGUGUUCACGUAUUUGCUCUCAUUCAUUUGCGACGAGUUGGAUGGUCGUUUUGCACGAAAAUGUAACCAGUGCACGGAAUUCGGCGCGGUGCUGGAUAUGGUCACGGAUCGAUUGGCGACGACUGGAUUGUUGAUCAUCUUGUCGAAUAUUUAUUCCGAGAUGCAAUUUGUGUGCAUAUCGUUGAUAUUCUUGGAUAUUUCCUCGCAUUGGUUACAAAUGCACUCGCAACUGGCCAUCGGGAAGAGAGGACACAAAGACAUGCGAGAGAGUCGCUUUCGAUUGUUGCGCUUGUAUUACGCCAAUCGAAUAUUCAUGGGAGUGUGUUGCGUGUCCACGGAGGUUUUGUAUCUGUGUUUGUUCAUGGCUAAGGAUAAAGAGUUGAACGCGAUACCUGGUCUCGUACCGAUAUCGAAAGAGAUCAUCAAGCGCGUUUCCUUCAUCGAGACGUUCGAUUCGUUCCUCCAAAAAACGCUCGGCGUCGGCUCUUUGCGAACGUUCGCGACGCAAUUCAUCGUUCUCGCUAUUCCUGGAUUUUUGUUGAAACAAAUCGCUAAUAUCGCGCAAUUGCGGUCCGCAGUCGUUGCCAUGUGUGAACACGAGCCUGAAUUUGCGGCGAAACGAGAAGAAGCAGGGACUAAGAAGAACUGA